AUGGCUUCGACGGCAUCGAUGCUUUGCAUGAUCCUUAUCACUUUGUUCGUCCCUCCUCUUGGCGUAUUCCUCAUCGCGGGCUGUGGUGUCGACUUCUGGAUCAAUGUCUUGCUGACCAUUCUCGGUUAUCUCCCGGGCCAUAUCCAUGCCUUCUAUCUGCUCUACGUAUACUACAGCCGUCGGCGUGCCGUGAACCCCGCGACAGAUAUCGAUGCUCCGGGCGUGUAUUCCGACCGAAUUAAACGAGCCAAGCAUCACUAA